AUGCUUCAGCCACGGUUCUGGCCACUGGCCUCGUCCAUCAGGUCACUGCUAACCUCCUCCAACUUCGCACGAGCAUAUGCCAGCAAGGCGCCCAGCCGGGAUCUAUCGACCGCGCCUGUCCUGCGGGCCGAGGAGUCCAUCCAACCCUCCCUGAAAAGGGACGAGGAACAACUCGUCAUCCUGCGAACCUACAAGCCCCGGACCCCAGGUGUGCGGCAUCUUAAGCGGCCCAUCAACGACCACCUAUGGAAAGGGCGGCCCCACAGGGCGCUGACCUUCCCUAAGAAGGGCCAAGCAAGAGGUGGCAGAAACAACACGGGCAGGGUCACUGUGCGACAUCGCGGUGGCGGACAUAAGAGGCGUAUCCGGACGGUCGACUUUGACAGGAGGGCCCCCGGCGCGCACCUUGUGGAGCGCAUCGAGUACGACCCCAACCGUACCGCGCACAUUGCCCUGAUCUCGGGCAAGGCGGAUGGCAAGAAGAGCUAUAUUAUCGCAGCUGACGGCAUGAGGGCCGGUGACGUCGUCCACAGCUACCGAGCUGGAAUCCCCAAGGACCUGCUCGACAGCAUGGGUGGUAUUAUCGAUCCCGGUAUCUUGGCCUCCAAGACAGCCCACCGCGGGAACUGCCUACCCAUGCACAUGAUCCCGGUGGGCACUAUGAUCUACUGCAUCGGUUCGAGGAGAGACGGCCCGGCGCGGUUCUGCCGGAGCGCAGGCACCUACGGCGUCAUUGCAUCCAAGGAGGAGGAGACAAGAGACGACGGUACCAAGAUCGUGGUUGGAAAGCACGUCAGCGUGAGGCUGCAGAGUGGUGAGGUCCGUAAAGUGGACAAGGACGCCAUUGCGACGAUCGGUGUUGCGAGCAACGUCCACUACAACUACACGUCGCUUGGAAAGGCUGGAAGGAGUCGAUGGCUGGGCAUCAGGCCAACAGUGAGAGGAACGGCCAUGAAUACUGUCGAUCACCCGCACGGUGGUGGUCGUGGAAAGUCCAAGGGAAACCGGCACCCGGUGAGUCCUUGGGGCACACCGGCCAAGGGCGGUUACAAGACGCGCAGAAAGCACAACAUCAACAGGUUUAUCGUUACGCCUCGCGUACGCAACAUGGGCAAGAGGAGAGACAGGAAGGGCGGCUCUUGA